AUGGCUCGAAAGAAGGUAGACCUUACAUACAUAACCAAUGACUCGAAGAGAAGAGCAACUUUAAAGAAAAGGAAAAAUGGCUUGAUCAAGAAGAUUGAUGAAAUUGGUAUUCUUUGUGGGAUUGAAGCAUGCGCUAUAAUUUAUACUCCAGAUGAUCCUCAGCUAGAGGUUUGUCCAUCUGACCAAGGAGUCCAAAAUGUGCUUUCUAGGUUUAGGCAAGUGUCUGAAUUGGAACAAAGCAAAAAAAUGUUGAGUCAAGAGAGCUUUUUGAGUGAGAAGAUAGUCAAAGCUCAGGCCCAAUUGAAGAAACUAAGUAAUGGAAUUAAGAAAAAAGAGACGACCCUUCUCAUGUUCCAAUACCUCAAUGCUGGGCACAUUUUCAACAAUGCCAACAUGAAUGAUCUAAAUAAUAUCUCACGCUUGAUUGAGCAAAACUUGGGGGAAAUAGAAAGGAAAAAUAAUAUUAGUCAAGUCCAAGAAGUGACCCCUAAUGUUAAAAAUGGAGGAGUAACUGUGACUCACAGAAAACAAACAAUUAUGAAUCAUGUCCAUGGUCUAGAGACUAAUGUGAUGCCAUGCAAAACCACAUUUAGUUUAUGGCCAUAAGUUAA